UACUGCAAUUAUUGUUGAACAGAAAAAAAUUAUUCCAUUAUGUUAAUACUAACAGUUAUCGGAAUGAGGCCUAGAACAAUUUUCAUGAAAGAUAAAGGUUGAUAUAAAAUUUAGCUGUGAUGAUUCACGUAAUCUUGAAGGGCGACGGACUGACUCCUGGAGGUCAAGGAGAUCUCAUCAUUUUUAAGAGUCCUUGGUUUCAUCCAUUUACGUCAUCUGACCCGCCGUAAUAUUAUAUCGCUCUUUGUAGAGUUGAUUACCGGCGACAAAUUUAAAGUUUUUGUCAAAACCCGUUUGCUUUUUAUGGAUGUAGUGUAAUUUUGUGUGUGGAUGAUCCCAUUCUGAACUCCUGCAUGUGAAGUGUGCACCUGAGCCGCUGAGAAUACAAGACUUUGCCGACGACGAAAACAUGCAACCCGAAGACCUCAGCAUGAAAAGCAGCAGAAUUCACUCCCCGUCUCAGACUUUUGCAACCACUCCUCCCCCUAGACCGUCGACGCCCGUUUAUUCCCGAAUUGUGGCCCCCAUGGUGUCAUACAGCACUAUAACUACGCCGUCAACCCCUCUGCCACUGAGCAGACCUGUAGUCACAUCUCCAGCUCCUCUGACGCCAAGUGCCACACCCCGUUCAGAUUAUGGUGCCCUUUUGGGGUAUGGAGGGGGAGGCCUCAACCUUUCCAGUAACCGACCUCCAGUGACCAGCAGCGACAGAGUCUCGGGCACUGGGAGCAGCAGCAGCAGUUUCAGCUUCAGCAGCAACAUGAAAGAAAUCAGCAGCGGCAAGAACCACGCUCUGAGUAGCAGUUUUGCCAGUGCCAACAGCAGUCUCGUGAGCACCGCUGGGUUAAAGCUUAUCAGCGAAGUGGCAGCUGCCUGUGGGAGACCUACGGUUCUAAGAGCCCCGGGGGGCAACCCAAGCACACCCUCGACUCCUCAGACGUCUCACCCAAGUAGCAUUCGAAGUGCCCCUUAUGCUCCACCCACUCCGAGAGAUCCCCUUCGAACGGCGAUGAGAGAGAGAGGAGUGGGCAUGAGGUCGUGGCCCUACCAUCCAUACCUUCCUCUUGGUGUGUACGGUCUUCCAUCAACCCUUCAUUCGCCUGCCGCCACCCCUUCGCCGAGAACCGUGAGGGACCUAGCUCAUCCCCCUCCUGCAAGACAGAGGGGCGGAUCUGUCUCUCCUCCAGGAGAAACGGGUUCGAGCAGCAGUGAGAGCAGCCCCGAAGCCCAGCAACAAGACGGUGGUGGCAGUAGAAGUUCGAGGCUGACCUGCCCUGACUGCAACCGUCGGUAUGCCACAGUGGCAGGGUUGGCCAAGCACCACCAGUUCCACUGUCUGAAAGACGCGAACCGCUCGUUCGCCUGCAAGCACUGUGAUAAAGUUUACACAUCCCUCGGUGCCUUGAAGAUGCACAUCAGGACCCACACCCUCCCAUGCAAGUGCCCCUUGUGUGGGAAGGCCUUUUCACGCCCCUGGUUGCUCCAGGGCCACAUAAGAACCCACACCGGUGAGAAGCCUUUCCAGUGCCCCCAGUGUGAGAGGUGCUUUGCUGACAGGAGUAACCUCAGAGCACAUUUGCAGACUCACACUGACGUGAAGAAAUAUGCCUGCAGGACUUGUCCGAAGACGUUUUCCAGGAUGUCUUUGCUUGUGAAACACGAGGAUCAUGGAUGCCCCGGGAUUAGGGGCAACCAGCCCCUGUCUUUGGCACCUAACACUCCGGAAUCGUUAUCCCCAGCCACGAGCCAAUCCUCUGUUCACAAUGAAAUUCGCUAUAACGUUGAAAGUGUUGCAUAACGGUUGGUUUAAUCAGAAGACUAAGAAGAUCAGAAAAGAUCAGACAUGGUUAUUAUCUUGUGUAAAUAAGUUAUCCAGUGAGGAUUCUGGAUAGAGGGAUGUCAGUCGUUUUCUUUGCUGUAAAUACAGGUGUCAUUUUUUUUCUUUUGCGUCAAAGCACAUAUUCUUUUUGAACAAGGACGUCUCGUUUUGAAUAUUCGCGAGUACCAUACAUAAGUUGCUUUUUUUUUUAUUCGGUUGCACUAUGCCUUUUUUUUUUUAUUAUUCGGUUGCACUAUGCCUUCUUUUGUUUUUUUCGAAUUUCGUUGACUGAAGCAAAUUGCCAGUGUUAAUUCACUUCCGGUUUUACGAGUGCCAAGCACGAGUACGGGUGCCAAAGCAGAACGCCAAUAUCACAUGAUGAGCCAUACUUUGUAACGGUGUAAGGACUUCUGUCGCAUUUAACGAAGUGCCAAAGUCUCUAGUACUUCCAAGCAGUGCCAAAUCGCUGUUAUCUAGUCAAGACAUAAAUUUUAAAAUAAUUCUACUCCCCCGAACACGGUGGAACUGACCAUAAACUCUAAGGAUUCCGAACACAUUUUCAGAGGAAACCGUAGCUUUAAGUGACUUCCUUCAGACACUGGAAAUGUCCAAGUGAAAGUUAAUGUUAAGAAAUGCUCAAUCAUAAGCUGCUGUGCAGUUAUUUCUCGAGGUUUUCUGUGUCAUAUGCAUUUCAGUUACUUGUAACUUGAAGUGGCCAUUGAAAUUGUAACUAUUUGUAGUAAUUAUGUUCUGUAAUUCUGUCGCUGUUCUUAUAUAGGAGCAAGGUUUUUUUUAUAUUCAGUUAAAUCUACAAAAAUUCUUAUUUUGCUGACCACUGAAAGCAGUAGGUCAGUAGGAGGACCUUCGAAGAUUCUGUAUGCUGCCCUGGAAUAUGGUUCGCUAGUAUCAUCUGUCUACUUAUGCCCAGAAAUUGAAGUGGUGUGUCAUUGCUGUAUUAUAAUGAUUUUGGAAUUGAGUUUCUUUACUGAAAAAUGAACUAAGCUGUGCUUUCAGAAUUAGUGCCUUAAGACCUUUCCGGUAAAUUCUGUAAUUAUUUCUGUCUGUUGCACAGACACACUUGCUCGGUUCUUAUGCAGGAAUUUGCUCCUCGUCCUCUAUAUUUUGCCAAAACAGCUUAUAGCUUAUAUCAGCCAGUAUGGUUAUAGAUGCAAGAACAGAGUAACUAGGAUUUGAGAUGGUGUUCAGAGUAUGUGUCAUCUUUCAGAAUGUGCGCAUUUGUAACUUCUUGAGAAUUAGAGAGAUUCCUUUCAUCUCUCUACCAUGCCGUCGAUCAGACCCCUACUCCCCACUCCCCUCCCCCCCUCCUCUACAUCAGCUUUACCUUUUUGGGGGUAGGUCACUUCUCAUAUCGUUAUAAGAGGGACCCACCUCACAUAGUACCUGCAUUCCAAUAA